UUUACACUUCUCCUAGUUUCUGUUUUUCUAAAAGGGGAGUGUACACCAGCUCCCGUUCACAUUUGUAAUGGGAGAUUCCUGCUGCUUUCCUGCUGCUGUUCCUGCUUUGCUGCAUUCUGGAUUGCAUCUCUGAGGGAAGCACGAGGGUCAGGAGGGAAAGAAAAGUGAAAGAGAGAGAAGAGAAGAGAGAAACAGAGAGUGGAGAGAGAGCGAGAGCCAGAGGUGCAGAGGGAGUUUUUGCUGCUGAGGGAAAAGCAGAGUUAUUAGGGAGCAGAAAAUGGGACCGGCUGCCACCUCGCUCGCUCUCCUGUGUUUAUGUUCUCUGGGUGUGUGUGUUCCUACAGGGACGGCCGACGCUGCACCAACACAGGUCAGGACUGUACGUGCACAGCUUCUCUGCCAGAGGUGAAGAAGGCAAGAGGAGAUGUUCCUGAUAUUCUUCCAGAGCCUGAACCAGAGCCAACCAGCCCAGUGUCAGACUUUGAAAACUCAUACAACUACGUCUUAUCCAGACUAGCCGGUAUGGACCAGGCGAUCCACAAGCUGAAUGUUGGUCACUACACACUGGAUGUGAAAGUCAGUCAGCUGAUGGACCGUCUGUCCAGGAUGGAUGCAAAAGUUGGGGAGCUUGAGGACAGCAUCCGGGAGGUCUAUCAGCACAGCAAGGACAACCGCAAGGAAAUCGGAAGACUGGAAGGCUGCCAGAAGGGACGCAGGAUGGGAUACAAAUGUUAUCUGGUGUAUAACAGCCUUGAGGAUUACGCUGGAGCGUCCAGAAAGUGUCUGGAACGUGGCGGUCGGAUGGCGAUGCCCCGGGACCGCAAGGAGCAGGAGGCCCUUGCCGACUAUGUCAAGUCCUUCUUCCACCCGGGGAACUGGCCCGUCUGGCUGGGCAUCAAUGACCUACGGUCUGAGGGCAUGUACCUUUUUGAUGAUGGGACGCGGGUCUCGUACUUCCAGUGGCGCAAGCACUUUCUGUCCAGCCAGCCUGAUGGCGGGAGGCGGGAGAACUGUGUGGCCAUGUCAUCAGAUGAUGGGGACUGGUGGGACCACUACUGUGAUCGGACCAUGAACUAUCUCUGCGAGUUUGAUGACAGGGUGGCACUUUAAAAUGAACACUUUUCAAGGUAGCCAUACUCUCCCACCACCUUACUACUAACUUAACCUUUGACCUCCACCUGUUGAUCAUUAUAAAUUGACAGUUCAAUAUAUUUUAAAAUAACUUAUUUCCCGUUAAAAGACAUGUUAAACGUACCUGGAUUGGUUGCUUUAAUUCUCCAUCGGAAAUCUAGUUGUUUUAAUAGAAACAGCCUGUGUAAUUUCAUUGUGAUACACAAUUUGUGUAGCAUUGUCAGUCAUGAAAGUAUUUUACAGUGAUUUAGGUUUUUAAGGUGAAACACCUCUCAAAUGCGCACAAAUAUAUGUAUUUCUAUUUAACUUCUGAAAGUACAGAAUGAGACUUUAUCAGAUCAUGUUAUAAUAUAAAUAUUAUAUUAUUCAUGCAGCUGCAGUGAUAUGAAUGUAAGCCAGUCAGAACUCUGCUGUGAUUUCACACAUGGAAUUCUAAAUAUUUGUUCAAAGUUUCCAAAAAAGGGAAAACAUGAAAAGCUGGAGGUACUUUCUUCAGAAUCAGCACAUACUGAACCUCUUGAAGAUAUAAAUCAGUGAGUGUUUGGGUUUCACUGGAAUUAGGCAAUGCUUCUCUCUUACUUAAGAUCUCUGAAGAUGUUCUAACAAAAUCUGGCGCAGGGUGCAACUGAGCUGUUGAACUGCUGGUUCUCCAACAUCCUUGGCAAGAACAGACCAGCAGUUUUAGAGCUGUAGUCUCAUUUCUCAUUCUCCUUUCACCCUCCAAGAAUGACACAUUUCUGUAUGUAAAUGUGUGCUGAGUCCAACCAUAUAUAAAACGAGAAAGUUGUACUGUACAUAAAAGUCUAAGUGUAAAUGUUUUUA